AUGAAAGGAGGUCAUUUCCUUGUAGCUUUUGUUCUACUGGCUUUGUCAUCCUCCUUUGCCUUUGCCUUCGACCCUAGUCCUCUUCAAGACUUUUGUGUUGCCAUCAAUGACCCCAAGGAUGGUGUGUUCGUAAAUGGAAAGUUCUGCAGAGACCCAAUGCUUGCAACGGCAAACGAUUUCUCUUUUUCGGGUCUCAACAUCCCAGGAAAUACAUCAAAUCAAGUUGGAUCAAAUGUAACUCUUUUAAAUGUUGACAAAAUACCAGGGCUCAACACUCUUGGUAUAUCUGUCGCUCGUAUCGACUUUGCGCCAUACGGAGGCCUAAACCCACCACACAUUCAUCCUCGUGCCACUGAGAUUCUAGUAGUCCUGGAAGGCACCCUGUAUGUUGGUUUUGUUACAUCAAACCCCAAUCGCCUCAUUACCAAAGUUCUAAAUGCAGGAGAUGUUUUUGUGUUUCCAAUUGGUCUCAUUCACUUUCAAUUCAACAUUGGAAAUACUAAUGCAGUUGCUAUUGCUGGACUGAGCAGCCAAAAUCCAGGAGUCAUCACAAUUGCAAAUGCAGUGUUUGGAUCUAAUCCACCAAUUAACCCUGACGUUCUGGCUAAGGCAUUCCAAUUGGACAAGAACGUGGUUAACUAUCUUCAGAAACAGUUCUGGGUCAACAACCAUUAG